AUGAAAGUGAGAAACCAAACUGAGCUUUCAGAAUUCCUUCUCCUGGGAUUCUCAGAGGACCCAGCACUGCAGCCUCUCAUCUUUGGGCUCUUCCUCUCCAUGUACCUGGUCACUGUAAGUCGGAACCUGCUCAUUGUCCUGGCCAUCCUCUCUGACACCAACCUCCACAAGCCAAUGUACUUUUUCCUAGCUAAGCUGUCAUUAAGAGAUAUAGACUUCACCUCCACCACUGUCCCCAAGAUGCUGGUGAACAUCAAGACACAGAGCAAAUCCAUCAGCUAUGCAGGUUGCAUCACACAGAUGUUCUUCUUUCUGCUAUUUGGAGGCCUGGAUGACUUUCUUCUGACCGUGAUGGCCUAUGACCGAUUUGUGGCCAUCAUUCACCCCCUGCACUACACGGUCAUCAUGAAAUCCCAGCUCUGUGCGCAGCUGGUUCAGCUGUGCUGGGUCAUUAGUGUUCUGAAUGCCAUUAUUCAGAGCUUUCUGAUCCUGAGGCUGAACUUCUGCACACAUGUGGAAAUCCAACACUUUUUUUGUGAGUUGAAUCAGGAGGUCCACAGAGCCUGUUCUGACACCUUUCUCAAUGACGGCAUGAUGAACUUUACAGCUGUGCUGCUGGCAGGUGGUCCCCUGUCUGGGAUCCUAUACUCUUACUCUAAGAUUUUCUCCUCCAUUCGUGCCAUCUCAUCAGGUCAGGGCAAGUAUAAAGCCUUUUCCACCUGUACCUCUCAUCUCUUCAUUGUCUCCCUAUUUUAUGGCACCUUCAUAGGAGUAUACCUCAGUGCCAGUGCCGCCCCAAGUUCAGCCUCAACUGCAGCUGCCUCGGUGAUGUACACAAUUGUCACCCCCAUGCUGAACCCCUUCAUCUACAGCCUGAGGAACACAGAUAUGAAGAGAGCUCUGAAAAGAAUGAUGUUCCAUAAAAUAUAG